AUGCGGCUGAGUUCGUGCAUGAAGCGAGUGUUUUACCCAUUGGCGAGCCCUUUAUCCACGCCAGUUCAAGGGAAGACACCCAAACGAGUUACAGCCGAUGAAGCUGUGUCCAGCGUUUCCUCAGGUAGUCCAUUCGUCCUUGUUCGUUCAGUGAUGGGACUUGCUGUUGUCGUGUUUUACAGUUUGACGUUCUAUUUUAUACUUUAUUCUCCAAGAAUGCGGCUGAGUUCGUGCAUGAAGCGAGUGUUUUACCCAUUGGCGAGCCCUUUAUCCACGCCAGUUCAAGGGAAGACACCCAAACGAGUUACAGCCGAUGAAGCUGUGUCCAGCGUUUCCUCAGGUGAUCACAUUUUUGUGCAUGGACCAGCCUCCACCCCUACUGAAUUAUUGGAAGCACUUUGUCGCCGGGUAGACUCUCACGGGCUCACUGAUCUCCGACCGAUACAUAUUAUUCUGGGCGGAAAAGUUCCGUGGACAGACAAGAAGUACUUUGGAAAAAUACGCUCGAAUGGCCUAUUUCUAUGUGGAAACAUACGGAAUCUGGUUAAGCAAGGUCAAGCCGACUACACACCAGUGUUCCUCUCUGAUAUGCCUUCCUACUUCUACAGUAAAAGUUUUCCUGUUGACGUCGCCAUGAUCUCUGUGAGUCCUCCAGGUCUGUUGCCUAAGUCUGUUAUUGUACAUGGAUUCAUAUGGCUACAGUUGCAUUUUAUUAAUGAGCCCUCUUGA